UAUUUACCUAGUAGUUGAUUUUUUUUUGUUUUUUUCGCUUUCCCAGUGGUGGGAAGAGGCUAAAUUUAUAGGUACUUCCUAUAAAUAUAUCCCCCGUCUUCCCUCCUCCCAGCAUCUAUACUUCGUUUUUCAAAAGGCUUGGGGUUGAUCCCUGAAUUACUGAAAGUUUGAGAUCAGGCAUCAUAUAUUUGGGUCUUCUUUUGAUACUACAAUUAUGACUAUGGGCAAUCAGACUGGAGCUGGCCAGACUGUGUGUGUUACAGGAGCGGGAGGAUUUAUUGCUUCAUGGCUUGUGAAGCUGUUAUUGGAAAGAGGCUAUACUGUGAGAGGAACAGUUCGCAAUCCAGAGGAUGAGAAGAAUGCACAUCUCAAACAGCUUGAGGGGGCAGAAGAAAGGCUAACUCUAGUAAAAGCAGAUCUUCUGGACUACAACAGCCUUGCAGAAGCGAUCAAUGGUUGCCAAGGAGUAUUUCAUGUUGCUUCUCCAGUCACAGAUGACCCAGUUCAAAUGGUGGAGCCUGCUGUAAAUGGUACAAAGAAUGUUCUAGAUGCAGCUGCAGAGGCCAGGGUACGCCGUGUGGUGUUCACAUCUUCUAUUGGGGCAGUAUACAUGGACCCAAAGAGGGAUUAUGAAUCAGUAGUUGAUGAGAGUUGCUGGAGCAACCUUGAUUUUUGUAAGGAUACUAAGAACUGGUAUUGCUAUGGAAAAACAGUUGCAGAGCAGGCAGCAUGGGAAAGAGCUAAGGAGAAGGGACUUGAUUUGGUAGUAGUAAACCCAUGUGUAGUAUUGGGUCCUCUUCUACAAUCUGCCAUCAAUGCCAGCACACUUCACAUUCUCAAAUAUUUAACUGGCUCUGCCAAAACUUAUGCCAACUCAGUUCAGGCCUAUGUCCACGUCAGAGAUGUUGCAGAGGCCCACAUUUUGGUUUUUGAGAACACGUCAGCCUCGGGAAGGUAUUUGUGCGCCGAGAGUGUCCUCCAUCGUGGUGACGUGGUUGAUCUGCUGGCAAAGAUGUUCCCCAAUUAUCCCAUACCUAACAGAUGUUCGGACGAAGUGAAGCCAAGGAUGAAGCCUUACAACUUCUCCAAUCAGAAGCUGAAGGACAUUGGGUUGGAAUUUACACCAGUAAAACAAUGCUUAUAUGAAACAGUCAUAAGUUUACAAGAGAAGGGUCAUAUUCCCAAGUGAUAACACUAGAAAUAUAUCCCACCUUAUAAUUGAAAAUAAUUGCAUGAAGUUAUUGGAAUUUGUAAUCCUUUGUUGUACUCUCUAUGUCAUUACUUGUAAAACAGAGGUGGUUGGCCAUAUUACUUGUCUAGCCAAAGCUACCUUAUCCAUUCAUAUAAAGUUGCUAGUCAACCACAAUGGUUCAAGAAAAUAUUUUUCUAUCUUGAUAUGGAAGAAAAAUGAUUCAAUAUUUGAGCAAGUUUUACUAGUCGUGAGAGUAUUUGUCUUA